CUCUAUCGUCGCGGUAUUGCUUAGUAUUCUUAGAGGCUGACAAAAUGGUUUAUAUAAAACUAAUCGUUGUUUUUCUUCUGUUAAUGCAAAGUCCACAAAAAAUAAGAGUAUCCUCAGGAAUUUUGUCACAGUUCAGAAACUGUUCUUCUUCCUAUUAUCUGAACAAUAACGAAUGCGUUAGCCGUUGUCCACCGUUCAAAAUGUCGAUAUCUAAUGGCUUCGCAAACCUGUGUGUAAAGGAGAAUGAAGUUACAUCAUGUCCUGUUGGAAUUUGUAAAAACUAUUGCUAUAAGUUUCAAUGUACAGAACUGUGUCCACACCAUACAUUUAAUUUCAAUUCUACGUGUUUGGAGAGGUGUCCCAAAGAAGCAAAUUUCAUUACCACUGGAGAUUGUGAGGAAAACUGCUUCUCUGCUGAAAAGACUUGUCACAAGGAGUGCCCCGAACCGUACAACUAUCAUCUGAAUACACCAUUUUUUACUUGGUGUCAGAGGAAAUGCCCAAUAUACACCCACGUGAAUAAUUUUACAUGUGAACUAUCGUGUAGUAACAACGGACUAUACUUGUACAAUAAUACAUGCAGAAGAACAUGCCCAGAUAGCAAUAGACUUGUUUAUCUUCAUUCAUCAAAGUUCAAUGAAAUUUUGAUGUGCACCAAUCACUGCGUUAAUCUAGUUCUGUACCAGAAUAGAUGUACUACUAAGUGUCCAAAGCAGACUAUUCUCCAUAACGGCAGCUGUCUUUCAAGUUGCCCAACAACACAUCCUUACAUAUAUUCGACAGCAUUACGAUAUCGAACAGAUGUUUCUUUGAAUCAGUCUGACUUAGUUUGUGUCCGUGACUGUGGAUUGGAGUAUAAAACAUUAAAUUUCACAUGCGUUGUUGAGUGUCCCAUUCCAUUCUUCGCUCAUGGUGGUUUGUGUAAAAAUGAAUGUACGGGUGACAAAAUGUAUCACAUACAACAUUUCAGGAAAUGCAUCUCAUCUUGUCCUUUAAGCUUCUUUCUAUUUAAUAAUACCAAAAUAUGUUAUGGUAAUUGUCCAAAAGAUUUUCUCUAUACUUUCAACCAAACGUGCUAUUCAGAAUGUCCUGAAACUGCUCAAUUUGUUAUUGAAAAGGAAAAGGGUGCUUUUUAUUACAACGGAAUAUUAUAUCAAUCAGGAUUAUAUUAUGAAUGUGUAGAAAAGUGUCCUUAUUUAUACUUUCAGAAUAAAUGUGUCACGACAUGUCCAGCUACUGCUAAAUACCAAUUUAACAAAACUUGUGUGAAGAACUGUUCUGGCGAUAUGCCGUAUCAUCUGACAAAACGUGAAUUGUUUUAUCUGGAAAAAUAUUAUUGUGUGGCGGUUUGUCCUGUUUAUGUUGUGAAGCAGUCAUCAAUUUGUACUUCAACUUGUCCAGUUGAUGCUUUAUACCUGUACAACAAAACAUGUGAUUCGAUGUGUCCAUUUUCACAAAAAUUUGCGAUGAAAAAAAUGUCGUUUUAUGAAUGCGUAGCAGGCUGUCCAAAAUUAUCAGUGAAUAAUUUAUGUGUGGAAAAAUGUCCUGAUAUGGCGAAAUACCAAGCAGGACCAGUGUGUUUGAAUAUGUGCUAUGGAUCACUAUCAUAUCAUUAUACCAACACAACAAAGACACGACUAAGCUACUUUAGUUACACCACAGAAACUAACUACUACUGUCUCGAGACAUGUCCCAAGAAUAUGUUCGGGUUUUACUUUAGAUGCGUCACAGAAUGUCCAAAAACAACCUAUCAUCUGCAGGAAAAAUGUGUAUAUGAUUGUCCAUACCCUUUUCAAUAUGUGAUUGCAACAGAACUUCGAUGUACAGAUGUAUGCCCAAACAACACCGUUCUGUAUAAUAGAACAUGCAUGUCCUUUUGUCCUGAUAAGAUGUUACAGUUACAAAAUACGUGUGUCAGAAAGUGUCCACAGACACAUUUGAUAUACACCCAAAAUAAUUAUACAGGACAAAUUAGAAAUUUUUGCGUUAGUAUUUGUCCGAAUUCUUCUUACAAAUUACAAAGUGAGAAAUUAUGCUUAGAUAAAUGUCCACAGCAAUUUUAUAUUGACGGACGGGAAUGUGUGGAAACAUGUCCAAGGUACAGAAAACUGAUAAACAACAACACAAAGGAAUGCACCGCAAGAUGCCAUGAUAUGUACUUGUAUUUUAAUGUUUGUGUUGAAAUUUGUCCCACGGAGGCAUUUGUUUAUCGCAAUAUCUGUGUAAUCAAGUGCCCUUUAUCUCAUUCCUUGAAAUACUUUGCAAAUGGAGACACACCGUCGAAAAAAUACUGUGUUCAGAAGUGUCCAACACAUGCUUACCAAAUGGAUGAUUCUUGCUAUGACGUUUGCCCCAAUAGUUUGCUUUUGUAUGAACAACAUUGUGUUAAAACAUGUCCACCUUCACGUAAACUAGUUGAUGUCACUACAAAUAGAUGUAAUGCAAAAUGCCCAAAAGACCUUGUCAUAACUUUUCACAACAAAUGCGAUAAAAGAUGUCCAGCAGAAAACCAAUUCAUUGAAAAUGGAUCAUGUGUUCAAUCGUGUCCAACCCAUAGUCGACAUUACUAUUCCACCUCAAAUGGAUAUCUCUGUACCAAUUCGUGUGCAGGCCAGCAUAUUGCUUUUGAGGAGACUAAAAUUUGCAAAACAAAGUGUCCCAAUAACAGAGUGAUUGUUGACGGAGUUUGUAAGCUUCAUGAAAAAUGUACAAACCAUCCAUUUAUCAAGGAUACCCCCAAAGGAAGAGUUUGUGGACAUGGAUGUCCCGAGGGAAAAAAAUUAUAUGGAACAAAGUGCAUUUGGUCUUGCCCUCAUGAUUUGUAUGUGUUCAACAAAACGUGUGUGCAAGAAUGUCCUAAACAUGCUCCUUACCUUUGGAAAGCUUUUGGUGCCACUAUUCCUAGAGAAUGUUUUUCGUUCUGUCCUUUUAUGAUGGUAGUUAAUGGCUCUGACUGCAUUAGUAUCAUAGAAUGUGUUGGAAUAAUGCUAGAAAAGGAUUACGCAAUACACAAUGGAAUGUGUGUAAAAGAAUGCCCAUCAAGAAUGCUACGUUUCAAGAACAGUUCAUGUCAAUAUAUUUCAGAGUUUGUUGUGCCAAUAGUUAUUUGUUUUUUCAUCACAGUUGGAUGUUUCAUAACGAUUAUAAAAAUGAUGUCUUUGAAAAUUAAAGCGAAAAAGACGAUGGAAUCUUCACAAAAUGCAGAUCAGUGUAUGGAAACAAGGCAAAACAGGACAAGUAACACAACAAGCGUUGCCCACGAAACAGAAGUUAAACAGACGUUUUUAGGAAACGUAGUUUGGAACUCUGCAUUAGAUGAACAUAUUUGAGCUGUUUACUUCAAAAGGAUCAAGAAAUCAAAAGCAAUUCUAAAACAUCUGUACACAAGUCACAUGCGAAAAACAAUCUUAUAUGCAGUGAUAGGAUAUUCAAACGCAACAAAUACAUAAAUCAUAAAUAUUUGAUGUGAUGAUAAGGACAUGGUGUUGUUUUUAACAAAAUUUUAUCUGUCAUCGUGUAAUAUAACUUUUAUGAUUUACA